UGUAUCGAUGUUUCCUUCGAUGAAGGAGAAUGUUGAAGCAAGGAGAAUAAAAAUGAGUAAAGGAAUGGAGUCGGUCAGGAGUCAGAGCAUCAAGAUAACCUUUGAGGGGGACAUGACGACCACACCCAUAAGGGUGGCAGCCACCAAGUCGGCGAGAGGAUCUACAUCGAAGAAAACUGACACGGAUUACGUGAUGGCGGAGAAGGACGGGCAGCGGGUCGAUGGAGAGGAGGUUAUUCUUUCGCCGCGAAAACGGGGAGUCAAGAAGUUCUUAAUGAAGAGUUCGCUGGACGAGAUUGACACGGUCGAGCCACUGAGGCGGGCCCUUCGGCAACCCAUGCAGUGCUCUAUUCUGGAGUACCUGGCGGCAUCAAAGCCGGCUCGUGAUGAGUUACAGAUGAUCACGCGGAAGACUCGUAUACCUUUAUCGGAGGAGGGUCAGGCCCCUAAGGCGGAAGCUUCUACAGUAGCAGUAACGGGGAUGACUGCCAGAGCGGAUCGCAUGGCGACAGUCCUUCUCGAUGGAAAAGGUGUGCCUCCAGACAAGUUUUAUAUACUUGGUAGCGGGGCCGUGGAGACAAUUAUAAACGAUGGAGCGGUACUCGAUGCUGUGAUUGAUAACGGCAGUGAGGCUGUCAUCAUAGACGAGGACCUGGCGGAACAAGUUGGACUGGGCCUCGAUAGGUCAUACCUAUUCGAGAUAGAGACGGCUGAUGAGAGAAAGCAACAGAUCACCGUGGUUUGUCACAAGGCAGCCAUAGAGGUCCAAGGGGUGCGAGUGACCCUGCCUGUCUUUGCAGUCAAGAACUGCAGCUCCGACCUGCUCUUAGGUCGAACGUGGCUCAGCCACGUGCAUGCGGUGACGAUAGAGCGACCUGUUGGGAGCCAGACAUUGUCCAUUAAGAAACCAGACGGGACGCGGGUAAUGAUUGAGACAGUGGAGCCUCGGGACCCGAGGAACAGAGCAGCUCUCGCUGUGGGUGCGAGAGCCAGUGAUCAGAUUAAGUCGUUACCUAUCUCCGGUCGCGCGGUGCGAUUUCGCGAGAAGAAAUAUGGACCACGACUCACAGAAGAAGAAGGUCGGAUCGUGGAGGUGGAAGAUUUAGGGAGUCGGCUAAUAGUGGACGGCAACUCGUACCCAAAGGAAAAGGAUGAGGAAUUUGGCGGUGUGGUAUCCGUGUCUUUUUUAAGGGCACGGCCCCCUAUGGGGGGCUACCCAAACGACACAAACGAGUAGCGCAAAAAGUUAAGCCAGCGGCGGUGGGCCGCGAGCGAUCUGCACUAGAAGGGAUAACGGAAGAAGAGAUCGCAAAAGAAAUCAAAGAAAGAAAGAAAAAGGAGCCGCAACGCCUAACGGAAGAGAGAAUAGCAGGGAUGGACAUCGGAGAUGGAAAUUUGACCCCACAGGAGCGAAAACGUGUGAUAGAAAUCCUGAAGACGUGUGAUAAGGCCAUAGCUUUCAGCGACGCGGAGCGCUGUAGGAUUGACCCCAGAUACGCUAAGCCAGCAAGGAUU